GUUUGUAAUCAUGCAGUGCAGUUUUAAAACAAUAAUUUUUGUUUUUUGUUUUAGAACUGGAACGUCGUGUAGCUGACCUAUUGGGUAAAGAAUCAGCCCUUUUUGUUCCAUCGGGAACCAUGGGGAAUCUUUCUUCGGUGAUGGCGCACUGCUGGACUAGGGGCCAGGAAGUCAUGGUGGGAGACCAGUCACAUAUUUUCGUAUACGAGCAAGGCGGAAUUUCGCAGCUAGGAGGAGUUCACGUUAGCACUUUAACUACACGUGAAGAUGGAACGUUUGAUUUGGAACAAGUGGUAAACAAAAUACGAUCCCCAGACCCAUCUUGCCACGAGCCUCAGACUGCUCUCAUAUGUCUAGAAAACUCUCACAACAGAUGUGGAGGAAGGGUACUGCCUCUUUUAUUCAUUCAGAAGAUCUGCGCUUUAGCUCACAACCGUGGAAUAAAAGUUCACAUGGAUGGUGCAAGAAUCGUAAAUGCUUCAGUACAGUCCGGGAUACCUGUAAAUGAAAUUGUCAAAGAAUGUGAUUCUGUUUCUAUAUGCCUGUCCAAAGGAAUUGGAGCGCCUGUAGGUUCCAUUGUUGCUGGAUCUUCAGAAUUUAUUAGCAGAGUGAUGAGAUGCCGUAAAGUACUGGGCGGUGGAAUGCGCCAGGCUGGGGUCCUCGCUGCAGCAGGUUUAGUGGCAUUAGCUACAGCAAGAGAAAGAAUACAAAAGGAUCACUUAAGAGCUCAGAAAUUAGCUCAAGACAUUUAUAAUCUGAACAGUGAUUUGAUCACUAUUAAUCCUGAUGCAGUAGAAACAAAUAUGCUGUUGCUUAAUUUCCCUUCAUCUCGCUUCACAUCUCAGCAGUUUGUAGACAGAAUGGCUCUGGUAAAAGAAGAAGAUCCAGAACAAGUUUUAGUCAAGGCUUCGACGUGGUUCGGUAACCGAGUGCGCUUUGUUCUGCAUUCAGAUCUCUCUGAAGACGAUGUAGCAUCUGCUUUUCGCAAAAUCCAGAGCAUCGCUGUGUAAAUAAAGAAUGAAAAUAAAAAUCUAUUAUCACUUUAA